AUGGGCAUCAAGGCCUUGCGUAGCGACUCUUCUGUCAGUGUCGUACUGUAUGUUUCAUUAAACACGUGCUGCGACACGCCGAGCCGAGGCGCUCCUGCGCUUGGCUGGAAGGAGAUGCUUCGACCGCCUCCUGGCAAAGCUUACUUGUCGUCGCGGCGCACCAGACGAGAACGAGAACAGCAGCGACCGGCGACGAGACAGACAGACAGACAUAGGCGAUAUACACUAGGCAAGGGCCUCACUCAGCUGUACGCAUGGAACGUUCCCAUCGUAUCGAACCCGGCCGAGAAGAGUGGGAGUGUGCUCUGGCCUCGCUUCCAAUGUUGGCGCGCGCGUGCUGUGCACCGUGGCAUACGGUAUGAAUGUUUUGGUACACGGAUUCCGGCGCGUCGCUGCGCAGCGCAGCCAGCCGCCGAUGCUCGUGGCCGCCUGGUGCCAGCGAGUCAGCGAUUGGGCGAGACUGAGGCGAGAGAAAAGAUCGAGAAAAAUGCUGGUGACCUUGGGGCCCGAAAUAGAACUUGGAUGCAUUCGCGUGCGCUCAGGAAAAUCUUCGUUGCGGGGGACAGGGAUGUUUCGGGACGUCACCCCAUCACGCACUCAUCAGCCAUGCACCUUUCACGCCAAGCCAAGCACAUGCUCGCUUAUCUUAUAGGGUGUAGCCAAAUGCUGGUCGAAUGCAUCGUUGCGUUAUUGGUCGGACAGUAUUUCUCCCGAUGGCAAGACAUGUGCCUUGCGGCUAUUUAG